UUAGACACCUGGCUUGACAUCUUGCUAGCUACAUGGCCUCUGGGAAGUCACUGGAUUUUGCUGAACCAGUAAUAGGCUAUGACCCUGGGUGCCCAGGUCUGGCACUUAGUAGGUGCUCAAGGAAUUUCUGUGCAGUGACUUUUCAUCUGUAAAAUGAAUGUAGUGAUAUUAAAAGAUCCAUGGCAGGAAGGUGUGAGCUGACCUUAUGCCAGGCUCUCUGAGACACUGGGUCAUGUUCAUAACCUUCCUGCCCUCCCAGUCACUUCUGGGUUACCCAGGGAAGGCAGGGGUUGCCUGGGACCACAAGGAGGCGCCUCGCCGGGUUCUGGGCUUCUGGGUGGCACUGGCCUCCUGCCUGUUCUCUGCCAGUCCAGCAGAUGGUGGACUUUGUUCUGAGUCCGAGCUUCCCAGCGCUGGCAGCCCGGCCCUUUUGGACCAAGACUCUUCCCACGGAGAAGUCAGAUGGCUCAGGUCGGGAGUCUCUGAGCUGGCCAAUGACAGUUUGGCCACAUUCGCCCAGAGUCACCUGUCCAGAGCAGGUGCUGAGAACGGUGUCAGAUCUCAGGAUCUGAUUCAGAGAGCAGCCUCUGGGUAAGAAAGGAGCGUCCAUUUCUCAUUUCUUGCUGCCUCUGACCCCAGCCUCAGCCCUGGCUCUCCCGGGAUAAAUGAUGCCGUGGUCCCGGCUGGGCAGUUGGAGAGGGAAGCCAAGGAGGGCACAGCCCCAGGGGCUGUUAGCAGAGAGGGACCCACGAAGUGGUGGCUAAACCCAGUCCAGUCACCACUCGUCAGCCGAGGGCCAGAGAUCAGGAAAGGAAGAAGGGCAGCUUUACCUCCUCCCUGAGGAUGGAGCCUCACAGCCGUUCCGGAAAGAGCAGAAAAUCCACCAAGUUGCGGUCCAUCUCCCGCUCCCUGAUCCUCUGUAAUGCCCAGACCAGUGAUGACAGCUCAAGCCCUGAUGAGAGAUACCCUGACCCCUUUGAGAUUUCCCUGGGCCAGGGCAAGGAGGGAAUUUUCCACUCAUCUGUGCAGCUGGCAGACACGUCAGAGGCCGCGCCCCGCAGCAUUCCUGACCUCACAUUGUCCUCCGAGGCCGCACAACUCCAGGCAGCUGGGAACGAUCGAGGCAAGGCCUGCAGGAGGAUGUUCUUCAUGAAGGAAACUUCUAUGACUUCCUCUCGAGAAAAGUCUGGAAAAGUGGACCCACAAAGUAAUAACUUCCUGUUUCCCAAAGCGUGUCAUCAAAGAACACGCAGCAACUCAACCAGUGUCAAUCCCUAUUGCACAGGAGAGACGGAUUUUCCGACGACCAAGAAGUCAGCGGCUUCUGCGGACAGGCAGCCUUAUUCCCUCUGCAGUGGCAGGAAGUCUCUCUCUCAACAACUGGACUUUUCCGCAGCAAAGUUUGUGGGCUUGUCGAGACCGACACGGUCGCUCAGCACAGCUCAGCUCGUGCAGCCCUCAGGGGGCCUGCAGGCGUCUGUCAUCUCCAACAUCGUGCUGAUGAAGGGCCAGGCCAAGGGCCUGGGCUUCAGCAUUGUUGGAGGCAAGGACAGCAUUUACGGCCCCAUUGGAAUUUACGUUAAAACCAUCUUUGCAGGGGGAGCAGCAGCAGCUGAUGGAAGACUACAAGAAGGUGAUGAAAUUCUGGAACUCAAUGGGGAAUCGAUGGCUGGACUGACACAUCAGGACGCUUUACAGAAAUUCAAGCAAGCCAAAAAGGGGCUGCUCACCCUCACGGUCAGGACCCGCCUGACGGCCCCCCACUCCCUGGGCAGCCACCUGUCACCCCCACUGUGCCGUUCCCUGAGCUCCAGCACCUGCAUCACCAAGGACUGCGGCCCCUUCGUCCUGGAGAGCCCCGGGGCUCCCGCCAGCAGCACCAAGCCCAAUGACAGGAUCCUGGUGGAGGUGUCGCUGAAGAAAGAGGCUGGUGUCGGGCUGGGCAUCGGACUGUGCAGCAUCCCCUAUUUCCAGUGCAUUUCCGGCAUCUUCGUUCACACACUGUCUCCAGGAUCCGUGGCACACCUGGAUGGUCGACUGCGAUGCGGCGAUGAGCUGGUGGAGAUCAACGACUCCCCCGUUCACUGCAUGACACUCAACGAAGUCUAUGCCAUCCUGAGUCACUGUAACCCGGGUCCCAUCCCCAUCAUGGUUAGCCGCCAUCCGGACCCACAGGUCUCUGAACAGCAGCUCAAAGAAGCUGUGGCCCAGGCUGUGGAGAACGUUAAGUUUGGAAAGGAGCGGCACCAGUGGAGUCUAGAAGGUGUCAAAAGGCUGGAGAGCAGCUGGCACGGGCGGCCCACCUUGGAGAAGGAGCGGGACAAGAACUCUGCACCCCCGCAUCGCCGGGCGCAGAAGGUCAUGAUCCGUUCCAGCAGCGACAGCAGCUACAUGUCAGGAUCCCCUGGGGGCAGUCCCAGCAGCAGCGGGGAGCAGCCACCCUCCGACCUGGAAGUCAGUGCACCCCCAGGAGAACUGGGGCGGGAACCAGGGGUGUCUCCUGGGGCCUCAUCCAGGCACCCCCAGGAGAACCUGCCCCUCCCUGCAAGCCAGGGCAGCCACCCGCCACUGAGACUCAAGAAAUCCUUUGAGAUUUUGGUGAGAAAGCCUACAUCCUCCAAGCCCAAGCCUCCGCCCAGAAAAUACUUUAAAAGUGACAGUGACCCUCAGAAGAGUCUGGAAGAGAGAAAGGACUCUGUGUGCCCUUCUGGACACACCUUGCCCACCUGUGGCCAGGAAGCCAGAGAACUGCUGCCACCGCCGCCUCCGCAGGAAGACGCAGCAGGGAGAACCCCUCACGCCGCUGCUGGCCGCCCAGGACCUGCAGUCGGGCCACACACGACAUCCCUCUCAGAGGGCCAGCCAGGGAGGAGGGCAGCCAGCCCAGGGACGCAAACGUCCCCUGUAAAACACCCAUUGCUUAGGAGACAGGCUCGGAUGGACUAUAGCCUUGAGACCACAGCCGAAGACCCUUGGGUUAGAAUUUCUGACUGCAUCAAAAAUCUCUUUAGCCCCAUCAUGAGUGAGAACCACAACCACUUGCCGCUGCAGCCCGACGCCCUGCGGGGUGAGGAAGAUGGGAUGCGAGGCCACCCAGACGGGGCUGCCGCGAAGCUGGACACCACGGGUGGCGGCCCCAAAGCUUACAAGCCGGCGGGCGGCAGCACCGCGAAGAAGGGCCCUCCAGUAGCCCCCAAGCCAGCCUGGUUUCGCCAAAGCUUGAGAGGUUUGAGCAAUCGUGCUCCGGACUCCAGGCGAGAGAUGGCCGCCUCCUGCCAGCCGACCCCCGCCUCCAGGGAGCGCCCCGGGCCACCCCCGCGGGCCUCGUCCUCUAUCAAGCAGAGGAUCAGCUCCUUUGAAACCUUCGGCUCUGCUCACCCGCCUGACAGAGGAGCCCAGAGACUGAGUCUCCAGGCCUCCAGCUCCUCCGGUGAAGCAGCAGAACUUCCCGGGAAGCAAGAGGGAGGGCGGGCUUCUGGUCCCUCAGGGCGAGGCGCUCCCCCGACCAUGGAGCAGCAGCGGCCAGAGCCAGAGCAGCUGCCCCCCGCCUCCCCGGCCACCCCAGAGGCCAGCGACCCCAGCGUGUCGGGGCACCCUGCCCUGGAACAGCAGCCCGGCCAGAAAACCCUCUCCCCCGACCCCGACCCUCUCUCAAGGCUCCUGGCGACACAGAUGGAGGGACCCCGAGGCCCAGUGGUCAAGAUGCCAAGUCAGCGGGCUCGGAGCUUCCCCCUGAGCCGGACCCAGUCCUGCGAGAUGAAGCCACUGGAUGAGAAGACCAGUAAACUCUACUCCAUCAGCAGCCAAGUGUCCUCGGCCGUCAUGAAGUCCCUGCUGUGCCUCCCGUCUUCCCUCUCUUUCGGCCAGACCCCCUGCAGCCCCAAAGAAGGGGUACUGCCUCCUGCAGCAUUCGGUGAAGACCCCACAAAUAGUUCUGCCGAAGCUCCUGCCUCAGACACCGGCUUCUCUCUCAACCUUUCAGAGCUGAGAGAAUACACGGAAGGUCUCAAUGAGUCCACGGAAGCCAACGACUGUGACCACUGCACCCCUCAGCCCGGUCAAUCGGUUAUCUCCCUGCUGAGCACAGAGGAACUAAAGAAGCUCAUAGAGGAAGUGAAGGUUCUGGAUGAAGCUACAUUAAAGCAAUUAGACAGCAUCCAUGUCACCAUCUUGCACAAGGAGGAAGGGGCUGGCCUUGGGUUCAGCUUGGCAGGAGGAGCAGAUCUAGAAAACAAGGUGAUCACGGUUCACAGGGUGUUCCCUAACGGGCUGGCCUCCCAGGAAGGGACCAUUCAGAAGGGCAACGAGGUUCUCUCCAUCAACGGCAAGUCUCUCAAAGGAGCCACACACAAUGAUGCCCUGGCUAUCCUCCGCCAAGCUCGGGAGCCCAGGCAAGCUGUGAUCGUCACCAGGAGGCCGACUCUGGAGGCCACAACCGACCUCAACUCCUCCACUGAUUCCUCAGGCUCAGCCUCUGUGGCCAGUGACAUCUCCAUAGAAUCCGCAGAGGCCACAGUCUGCACGGUGACCCUGGAAAAGACCUCUGCGGGACUGGGCUUCAGCCUGGAAGGAGGGAAGGGCUCCCUGCAUGGGGACAAGCCUCUGACGGUUAAUAGGAUCUUCAAAGGGGUGGCCUCAGAACAGAGUGACACAGUCCAGCCGGGAGAUGAAAUCUUACACCUGGCCGGCACCGCCAUGCAGGGCCUCACGCGGUUUGAAGCCUGGAACAUCAUCAAGGCGUUGCCUGAUGGCCCUGUGACGAUCGUCCUCAGGAGGAAGAGCCUGCAGUCCAAGGGGACCCCAGCUGCUGGAGAUCCCUAGGCCCAGCACCAGUGCAGAUGCCAGAGCCUACCACAUGCAGGUCCCCGAACUGCUAAUUCUCAGGGUCACAGCUAACCCCACCCAAUGGGGGAACGCACAGGUGUGCUUCCCGGUGGCUGCUUGCCCAGGUCUGGACCUUCUGGGACCCCACCCAGUGAGAGGGUGGUCCCAGAAGUUAGGGCACAGUCACAGUGGGGUGGCCGAUACAAAUGACAGACUGCAUCUAGAGAGCUUAGUGAUAAUACUGUGGUGCUGUAAAUAAAAUGGAUAUAUGAUUGGAUAUGAAA